AUGGACGUGGAAAUGACAGACGUCAAGGAGCCUGCGUCUACCUUGUACACUGGCACUCUCGACCAAUGGAUUGAACAGCUGAAGGAAUGCAAACCGCUGACCGAAGCCGAAGUUGCCACCAUGUGUGACAUGGCUCAAGAAAUUCUUCAGCAAGAAUCUAACGUCCAGGGUGUGCACACCCCUGUCACAGUGUGCGGUGAUGUACACGGGCAGUUCCAUGACCUUAUGGAGCUAUUCUGUAUUGGAGGACCCUGUCCAGAUACGAAUUACCUGUUCAUGGGAGACUAUGUUGACCGAGGAUACUACUCGGUCGAGACUAUCUCCUUGCUGGUUGCCAUGAAGAUCCGGUAUCCCAACAGAAUCACCAUCUUGCGAGGAAACCACGAAUCUCGACAAAUCACACAAGUCUAUGGCUUCUACGACGAGUGCCUGCGGAAAUACGGCCAUGCCAACGUUUGGAAGCGAUUCACAGACCUCUUCGACUACUUGCCUCUCACAGCUCUCAUAGAAAACAAAAUAUUCUGUCUGCACGGAGGACUCUCGCCUACAAUUGACACCCUCGACAACAUUCGAACGCUCGACCGUAUUCAGGAGGUGCCCCAUGAGGGUCCCAUGUGUGACUUGCUUUGGUCUGAUCCCGACGAGCGAUGUGGGUGGGGUAUUUCCCCUCGAGGAGCGGGAUACACAUUUGGUCAUGACAUUUCUGAAGCUUUCAACCAUGCAAACGGUCUCGAAUUGAUUGCACGAGCUCACCAAUUGGUCAUGGAGGGCUUUUCUUGGGGCCAGGACAAACAAGUGGUGACUAUAUUCUCAGCACCAAACUAUUGCUACAGAUGUGGCAACCAAGCAGCCAUCAUGGAGCUGGAUGAGCAGCUCAACAAAAAGUUCAUUCAGAUUGACCCCAGCCCAAGGGAGGGUGAGCCAACCAUCAGCCGACGAACGCCAGACUACUUCCUGUAG